UGCAUCAUUACUUUUAAGCUGUUGUACUGUGACUGAAGACUGCAGCCGUGUUCAAUCCGUAGAACUUGAAAAUCUGAAAAUAUGGAAAAAUCACGGGAAAACCGAGGGUGCUGUCUUGUCAGAAAGUUCCGAACAUCUCUGAGACGCCAUCUUCUGUUCAUUCUGACUCUCUUGGCAGUUAUCUUUGGAUUCGUUCUGGGAUUUACGAUACGUCUCGCAGAACCCUCGAAGGACGCAAUACAAUGGCUUGGGAUGCCAGGAGAACUUUUUCUGCGACUGUUAAAAAUGAUGAUAAUACCUCUAUUGGUGUGCAGCGUUAUACAUAGCACCGCAUCUCUUGAUCCAAAAUCUAAUGGAAAAGUCAGCGCCAUCGCUUUCAUUUACAUUCUUCUGACAAACAUAUUAGGUUGUGUGAUAGCUAUAGCUCUCUUCUACGUCAUCAAACCAGGUAGUGAAAGUCCGCUCAGUAAAGGAAAACCAGAAGUCUAUGAAGCUAAUCCACAAGAUAUAUUUGCAGACUUACUUAGAAACAUCAUACCUGAUAAUAUUUUUGAAGCGUCUUUUCGACAAUCACAAACUAAAUAUGUACAGAAAGAUGUGGAACAAUUAAUACCAGCGGAAGGAAACUCUUCAUAUCAGAAUGCGUCCACCAAUCAAAAUGCAUCAACUGUUCACGUGGUUCGAGAGCUAGUGAAAUCUAAAAAUAACGGAUAUUCUUUGACAGGACUUAUAACUGCAUGUAUGUUCCUGGGAACAGCUGCUGGGAAGCUUGGAAAGAAAGCUCAACCAUUCCUUGAGUUCUUCGCAGUCAGCACUGACGUUGUUUUACAAGUGCUACGAUGGUUCCUUUGGAUGACUCCAUUUGGUAUUGCGAGUCUUAUAGCAGCCUCUAUAGCCAGCACCCGUGACAUCAGUAGCACGUUUUCCAGUUUGGCUUUAUUCCUGUUGACGGUUACGAUCGGGAUCGUUCUUCACCAAGCAUUAUUUCUGCCUUUAAUUUUAUUUAUUACAACCAGAAGAAACCCAUAUACAUACUUUAUUAGUGUGGGUCGGGCGUGGCUUAUAGGAUUUGCUGCUACAAGCACAGCGAUUGCUAUUCCUGAAAUGUUAAAUGCUUGUGAAAACAAAAACAACAUAGACAAACGAGUCAGUCGUUUUGUCAUCCCCUUCUGUGUGACGCUCAAUGCCGACGGCAGCGCCCUCUUUAUUACAGCGGCCGCCAUGUUUAUUGCCAAUAUCACCGGCCAAUCACUGUCAUUUGGAGAUGUAGUGAUUAUUGGAUUACUGACAGCUAUAGCUAGCCUCGCCCUACCGUCCGUACCCAGUUCCAGUAUCGUGACCCUCAUCAUGAUUUUGUCCGCACUGAAGAUCCCAGUAGAAGCUGUAUCUCUAUUGUUUGCUGUGGAAUGGUUUCUGGACCGCAUCAGGACUACGUCCAAUGUUUUUAGUCACACCUGCUGCGCAGCCAUUACAGCUCACUAUUGUCAACAGACUUUUAAGACCAUAGAGGAUCCGGAACAGGAACUCGAAAUCGUUGUAUAUUCAGCGGAAGCCCUGAAUUCAUGAUAACAAGAAAACCAUCCAUUCUUCUGUAUGAAUGGUGACAAAUAUUUGGUUGUUAAAAAUGAAUCUCCAUGUCGUAUUUUCUAAAGUUGUUUUGUAAAUCAGGACAAUUCAGCAAAAAUAUCUAGGAUGUGUUCAAGGUUUACAUUUGUAUUUUUAUAUUUCAAAGGGAAAAAAAUCUUGAUAAUUAUUUAUGUAAC